AAUAAAAUAUUCGCAUCAAAAUACUAAAUAUGCCAUCCAAUACACAAGGCAAGCACGACGGACCCCUGCCCGAAGUCCCGCUGAGGUGCCAACUUGUCAACCGACCCGGCGAUUGUCUUCUUUUCAAAAGGGAGAUGUUCGUAAAUCACGAGUCGUGAGGCAAAGAUAUCGUGGAGGUUGUUAGAAAAAUAUAUUUCAAUUUAAGCGAAUGUUUUACCUUUCGUUUGGAUUGCUACACCGUUCGAUUUUUCCUUCAAAAGCUUUCCAAGUCUUACCAAGAUAAAGGUACGGGAGAUCUUGAGAGAAAGACAUUGAAAAUGUUAUACAAAAUGAUGUAAUGGCAUCAGCAAGUCGAAUCCAAUCCAUCGCCCGCCUGCCUGACUCACUAGAAUUCGAACAUCGGGCCUCGGACAUAUGGCAGCAGUGGGCCGCAAAUUGUUGGACCAACAAAAAACAUUUUAUGCAAUUCGUGCGCGCCAAAGGAAAGCGAUGAAUUCUGCGGACGGUGAUGGUGGAAAUGAUAGCGUCAAGAUGUUUAUAACCAAGCAGAUCGGGAUUGAAUCAGGAACUUGAAAACCAAGCCCAUAUUCCGAACGUAAUAUGGUAAUAUGGUAAGCUGCUGUCAAGACACCAACUGACAAGGACGAAACGCAAGGACUACGCAGCAUCGACAGUAGAAAGGAGCUAAUCUUGCGACCCCGAACAUUAUUGAACGUACCAUGGCACCAAUAGCAUAUACGAAUGAAUGCCCUGCUUCGAUAUUACUAUUUUUGGAACCCCCAAUCCGGAUGUCGUUUCCUGUAUGUCCCAGAACUGGAGCAACUCAAGCCACUGUAACCAGAUCGGUAUGGGAGCUUUGGGAAGUCGCCAGCUGAAUCCCGCCCAAUUGGGUGACCACCAGCAGGCCACGGGCCUGUCCUCCGACCAGCUGGAGCAGCUGCACACGCGGUUCCGCAGUUUGGAUCGCCAUCAGCGCGGCUACCUGACGCCCACCGAUCUGCUGCGCAUUCCCCAGCUCUCACUCAAUCCGCUCCACCGCCAGAUCGUGGACGGCUUCUUUCCCAGCCGCGAGGCCGGCGCUCGCCUUGGGUUCACCCAGUUCGUGGAGACCUGCGCCACCUUCCUGGUGCCCCAGUUCGGCCGCGGCUCGCUUGGACGCCGUGACGGGCGCGCCCAGAAGCUGCGCCUCCUCUCCAAGAUGUUCGACACCCGACGCAGCGGCCGAAUCACGCGCGAUGACUUCCGCCAGAUCAUGCGCAGCCUACUCGAUCCCGUCUGCAAUCAGCAGCAGGAUCAGGAGCGCGAGGGCGAACCACCUGAGCGGGCCGAGGACCACAAGCCCGAGGUGGAGGCCGAACUGCAGCUCCUGGAGCAGCAGGCCUUCGGGCUCUAUGGCUGCGACCAAAUCUCGUAUGGCGAGUUCGAGCAGCGUCUGUGCAGCGCCAACGUCGACGGACGGCUGUCGAUCGCCAAGUGGCUGGUGGACGAUGACGAGGCCAGGAUGGGGCUGCCCUAAGUAACAGGCACGUAGGAGGACCAGCAAAGUGGCUUUCCUCAUCGUAUUUUAAUUGUGCUUACCAUAUUCCCUAAUAAUGGCAAAAAUAAAAAAUGGAGCAUUUAUGUGUAUGCCAGUUUUGCCAAACGAGGGCACGCACAAGAGCGAGCAAUCUAAGGAACAUUUUUUGCACAAUGGUUUUUGGAAAAUAAGUGUACAAUCUUUUCAA